ACGUACUCGAUGUCUUUUACAAUUUCUAGACGCAAGAGUUUAAAGCCUCGAGUACUUUAGAGCGGACGUAACUUUCGCAGAGCAGAGUUUCAAUCCGCGUCGCUUUACUCGCAAUCGGAGAGCAGCCGAUUCGACCGCAUGAUCGAUUCGGGUGGAGACCCAGUUUUUUUUUUUCACCUGGUCUCUGUUAUCGCAACUUCAGAGCCCGCGCGGAAUUCCGCGUUUCGAUUAUCUACUCGUUUUCGUUCUCUUCCUCGACCGUAGACUGAAAACAACGAAGUUCUGUCUGGUGCGAAGUCUCUCUGAUCACACUCUGAUUCAACUUCAAUCAUCACCGCCGAAGAACCUCUGUGAAUAAUAAAUUAGGGAGAAUUGAAUUCCAACGCUGAAAUAUUGGCACAAAAUGGCAGCGAAAUGCUGGGCAGCAUUAUCCCGGCGUAGACUGGAUUCGCAGGAAGAUAUCACGGCUGAUACCGCUUUGUCUCGAUGCCUCGGUUUGCUUGACUUGACGGCCCUUGGAAUUGGUUCCACUCUGGGUCUUGGAGCGUACGUCCUUGCAGGAGCUGUCGCGAAAGAUACCGCCGGACCUGCAGUCUGCAUUUCGUUUUUGAUAGCCGCAGCAGCGUCCGCAUUGGCAGGAUUAUGCUAUGCCGAAUUCGCCUCACGAGUACCGAAAGCAGGUUCUGCUUACGUCUAUAGCUACGUGACGGUUGGAGAAUUUGUUGCCUUUUUGAUCGGAUGGAAUCUCAUCUUAGAAUACGUAAUAGGUACAGCGAGCGUUGCUCGAGGUUUCAGCAACUACCUUGAUUACCUGGUUGGCAACGUGAUGAGCAAAGCAUUGCGAGAAGCAAUGCCAAUAAACGUUUCUUUCCUGUCUGAAUAUCCGGACUUCUUUGCCUUUGGCAUGGUGUUACUGCUAGCUGUAUUACUUGCAACUGGAGUGAGGGAGUCUUCGUGGUUGAACAACGCGUUCACCACCAUUAAUCUGCUGACUCUCUCGGUGAUCAUAGUCGCUGGAUCAAUGAACGCCGAUCCAGGAAAUUGGUUCAUCGCCCAAGAAGACAUUCCUUCGGAAUAUACGGAAACUGCCGGGGUGGGUGGCUUCAUGCCCUUUGGUUUCAAUGGGGUCUUGGCUGGUGCAGCGACGUGUUUUUAUGCCUUUGUGGGUUUCGACACGAUAGCUACCACCGGAGAAGAAGCCAAAAAUCCCCAGAAGAACAUACCGUUGGCUAUCGUCAUAUCUUUAACCGUAGUCUUCUUUGCCUAUUUCUCCAUUUCAACAGUGCUCACGAUGAUGUGGCCCUACUACGAUCAGAAUGCGGAAGCACCUUUUCCCUACGUAUUUGAUCAAGUUGGAUGGCCCGUUAUCAAAUGGAUCGUUAAUGUCGGUGCGGUUUUUGCAUUAUGCACAAGCAUGCUUGGGGCUAUGUUUCCUUUACCCCGAGUCUUGUACGCCAUGGCGACUGAUGGAAUUAUUUUCAAAUUCUUGGGUAUUGUCAAUUCCAAGACUCAGACUCCACUUUAUGGUACUAUGGUUUCCGGACUCCUUUCCGGCUUCAUGACACUUAUAUUUAAUAUAAAUCAACUCAUCGACAUGAUGUCCAUCGGAACACUUAUGGCCUAUGCGAUUGUAGCUUUGUGUGUUUUAAUUCUGAGGUAUCAGCCUGAAUCCUCGCACAGUAACGUGGUUGACAAUUACGUUCUGGAGCCAGAAUUGACUUUGUGGACUGGUUUCAAACAGAUCUUCAAUCUUAAUGGUCUGAAGGAGCCGACUAAAUUCUCUGGUCGUGUUGCCAGCUGGGGUAUUGUUGUUUUCGGUGUAUUGAUACUACCAUUGGGGUAUACUGUAGAUAAGAACAUAGCAAACAUACAGAAUGGCCAUGUAGGGAUAAUCUUAGCUGUAUCUGUAAUGGUGCUCGUUGAGGUGCUCAUCGUUUUUGCCAUCGGCAGACAGCCAGUUCUCGACAUCGAACUGGCCUUCAAGGUCCCUCUUGUCCCUCUAAUACCAUGCGUGAGCGUUGCCGUUAAUCUCUACUUGAUGCUACAAUUGGAUGUAUACACUUGGAUCAGAUUUGCUGGUUGGAUGUUUAUUGGGUUUGUUAUUUACUUCACAUAUGGAAUCAAUACCAGCGUCCAAGGUGCUAAGGAUAAAGUCGAAAGGCAAGAGUUAGUUCAGCGAAAUGAAAGUCAAGAUAAAAAACUUUCGGAAGGUGCUAAAUUUUAGAACAGAAUUCCCGAUAUUAUGCGUAACGUAUUGUGGAAAAAAGAUAUUAUGACAAUUUGUAUGCAUGACGUAUGAAUAUGGAGUUAAUAUUAUUUUCAAGAUUUCACUAUCAUACUAAUGCAACUCGCAAUGAAGAAACUCCGUAUAAAGAAAAGCACAACUGUGAAAAGUUUUCUAAGAAAAUCUGUCACAUAUCAGAGAACUCGUAAAGUUUUUACAUUAUUUAUAAUAAUAUGUGAUACUAACCGUGCUAAAAUGUACCGGACUUGUGAAAUCAGCCGUCAAUUAGUUAAAAUGCUAUUUUAUGAGAGAAUGACAUUUUCAUUUACAUUAUGUGUUAAAUUGUACACAAAUAGUACUUAAUUGAUGCUGCGAAAUGUAUCGACCUCAUGCACUGAUUUCAUUACCGAAUAGUGAAAAUGAAUGUAAAUAAAAAACUGUAUCUACUGUUUGAGAAUUUAGGCAACAUUCAACUUUCUAAUCUGAUCGCAGGAGUGAAUUCUAAAAGGUAAACGAUUGGAAAUUUUGAGCGAAACAUUUUAUCCGUAAAAAGUCAAAUAUAUCGGAAAAUAUUGAUAUUAUAAAUAAUAUUUAUUUUUCAGUACUCCACUUGAGAAGGUGCAUAGCUAUUAUAGUUAGGUUUAAAAUAAAUUUAGUGUUAUGUUCUUUGAGUAUUUAUACCACCGUAUAUACUUAGUAUUAGCCUAAAUGUAAGAAUCCCAUUAAAAGAUUAAUGUAUCUCUAUUAAGGGGGGACUUCGGUGAAAUUUCCAUAAUACUGAAUUUUUCAUUUCGGAAAUGACUUUAAGAGAGAUAUAAUUGAAAAUUCAUUUCUACAAGAUUUAGAUUACAGCAGUACAUGUCCUAAAGAACAAACUCAAUCUUCUUUUAUGGAUAUUCUUCGCAGAAGAUUGAAAUUUUUAUCAGGAGAAGUCAUGCCAUCAUAAUCUAAAUCUUAUAGAAAGGAAUUUUCGCGUAUGCAUCUCUUUCCGUCAUUGAAAAAAACAAAAACUUCGAUAUUAACAAAAUUUCACCAAAGUCCCCCCUUAAGAUAAAUGCUUGCUAUAUUUUCAAUGAGAAAUAUGUACUCAAUAAGUCAUUUGCCAUAGUUUCAUUCAUUUUAUUCAUGUUAAAACUCUAUUCUUUUCGCAGUCAAAAUAGCAACGCUUAUUUGACUGUAUUGCAUAGUACAAUGAUGAAGUAAAAGAUAAAUUAUGUGAAACAAAUUUUUUGGUGGAAAAUCACAGCCGUACGACCGUAUUUCAACUCAGAAGCAUACAUGCUCGAUUAUGUUCCAUAAGUAUAUUAGGAUUCUAAAUUCUUGAUUACGAAAAUAAAUAUUGAUAGCAAAAAUAAAAUUACUUUACACAAAAAUAUUGUCUUUAUGAUUCAAUGUGUAAGAAUAGAAGUGCCUUAAUGAUUCAUAGUUUAGGAAGCAAUUACGAAUUGUCGUACGUUUGCAUUUAAAGAAAAUCGCGGUAUCAGUUUAUUCAAAAACUCACUCAUCGUCAACUUAAAAUGACUGAAUCCUCAAAUCUCUUGACACUCCUAUUCCGUACUGACUGGUAGCGAAACACUGUGGCAUCACACAAUAUGGAGGAUUGGAAUCAUUCAUUGAUCUCCUAGCGAGUGUUAGAUUAUAAAUUAAUAAAAAAAAAAAAUAUGUUGAAAUAAAUACCAAAUUAACUAUCAUAUCAAAAUUACUCCAUAACUACAUAUUAUAUGAUGUGGACCACUGAUUUGCUACAAAAAGAAUGUAAUAACUUCUAUCCUUUAAAUUUACCGGGUCACCUAUUGUUGAACGUAUACACUUGAAACGAUAGAUCUACUUAGGUGGACUUGUGUUAAAAUCGGCUUCGCUCAUUAUGCUCAACACACACUCAUGCUUAACAGCCGAUAAAUGAUCCUAUGUACUAUAAACUCCUACAAUAAAAUCUAACUUUUUUGUUACGGUGAUAGUAGGUAGGUGUACCUGAAAUAUUUCUUCAAUUAUUAUCACAAAAUAGGUGUUUUUUUAAGGUAUGGAUAUGAAAACGAAGUACCUGACAAGUAUCACUAUGCUUGUAAAAAAAUUCAAGUGUUUUUUUCAAGAUUAGAAGGUUAAAAUCCAGAAUCAUUUUAAAUGACUGAUCAAUUCGUCGCAUAAUAAUACUGCAUAAUCAUAUCUUCCUAUCUCGGUGUCUUAUCUUUUUUUAGAAAAUAAUUGAUCCUAAAAGAGUUUUUAAAUUCAAUGAGCAGAACGUACUAGCAAUAGACUUUUUCCAUUUCCAUUGAAAAAGUGUUACAUAACAAUUUUUACAUUAUGCUAAUAUAAUCUUGACUAAACUAUUAAGCCCGAAACUAUCACGAGUUCCUUAAGCUUGAUUUUGCCGACAGAUGAUUUUAUAAGCUGAUUGUGUAAGUUUCUGACCGUCACAAUUCAUGAUCUGUAUUUGAAUGAUCUUCUGUUGCUUCUAUACGUUUUGAUCAUUAUUUUGAAUCUUAUAGCAAUGAUAAAAAUAGCUUGUAUAUCUGACAGUUAUGGUCUAUAACAAUUCGAAUAAUUGGAGUAUUGUAUGUACAUUAAUUCUGUGAUAAUUCCUUAAAUACAGUAGCAAUGCAUUUUUAUGAACUGCUCUGGAUUUAUGUUUUUAAAAUAAAGGAGUUAUGUUAUAUCCUUGA